AUGCCCAAGAAGCAUACGCCCUCAUACACGACAGCAAAGCCUUCCUACGUCCACCCUUCGCUGCAGAGCUCGCGCUCGCCUGCGUCGUCGUCGUCGUCGUCAGCCGCGGAACCCCAGACUGUCAACCAGCGCAUUCAGCAGCUGCGUCGCGAGCAGGCCCCGCGACCAACACCACAGCAGCGGGAUGAGCUCACAUCGGCAGUAAGCAACCGCACCGUUCCGCCCGAGCUGCGGCGCAUACUGCACAUACCCGAAGUUAAUGCUCCCAAACCAAAGACGAAUGCCAGGAUGCGCCGUGCCGUAGGAGGCGCGCGACCGCCACCGGGUCCAGCAGCGCCCACGAGCUGGCUGCUGACGAGCCGACAUGCGCCGUCUUACACCAAGAAGAAAACGGGCGGCGUGCAGAAGAGCGUGGUUCGCUUUGGCACAUUGGCACGGGCUACCGACGAAGAAAGGAAGCGCCUACCGCCCCCAAGAAGCCUCGUCCACCAAUGCAUGCGAACCUUUGCGUUGCACUGGCAGCAGCUUUCUGAAUACGAGCAACACUACAUCCCCUCAUUGCCCAUUUCGCUCAAGGAGUGCCUGAUAACCUACCUGACGUUAUACCGAGAGAAGGGGUGUCUGGAUUUCAAGUCGUUCAAGAUAUUGUUCCAGAAUGAAGACGGCGAUGCCGCUGGUUGGGACGAGGUGCAGAUUCUCGACCUUUCGGGACUAAUGAACCAAGCCUUGACGUUGCCCGAUGUGGGAAAAUGCCUCAAACGCCCGAGUGCAGUAGCAGCGGCCAAUGUCAAGAUGGAAGCACUGCGUAUUACCGACGGCGUCGCUGAUUCGUGGGAAGAAGAGGCAGACGAAGCGACGUCGGCUCCGACACCGCCAUCACCAACAGCGAGGCUGCAAGUCCCGUACUUUGCCAACCUUAGCCGGUUAUCUCUCGCCAAUCCGGGGCAGUGGGCAUCGUGGCCAGACCUGGUUCGUAUUUCGCCCAGCUUGAACAAGAUCACACACUUGUCGCUAGCCAACUGGCCCCGACCAUCCAUGACGCCCAAUGCAAACACGGCUUCGAUGAUAUCCAGGCACACGAGCGUCUCGCUGGGCGGGUCGCAUUUCUACUCGGACCUCGACGACGACUGGCACGAAGCGACCAACAUUCUGCGCCGCUUCUCCAAAGACACGUACUCGCUGCAGUGGCUGGACCUGGAAGGGUGCAACUGGCUCAAAGCGUUGACGUCGCAUGCGGGCCGGUCGCCGAUGGAUGCGGGCCUGAGCAGCGAGGAAUGGAGCACGCAACAGGGCAUACCAGGGCCCGAUUGGAACGACGCAUGGCGGCGUAUAACCUAUGUAAACGUGUUCCAGGGGUGGAUUCCAAGUGACAGCCAGAGCCUGCAGAACAUGCCUGCAGGGAUAGUUCCGGUGCAAUUGCUGCGGUGGCUGCGCGAGAAUAAGGACCGGGAGGAUGUUAAAUGGCGGCUAAACCCGCACGAGACGGGCCACGCCGUGGCAGAAUGGGUGAACCGGGAAAAGGUGGCUCGGGUGGUUGCCAUGGACAUUCAAGGGAUGCGGAAACGCGGCGAGGGAGCUUGGUGUCGGAUAGAUUUUGGAUGGGGAGCUUCUGGAGAGAAGAUUGCAUAG